AAUACAGUACCUCAUGGUAGCUGUGCAAUGAUAACGCAUGGAUGUCGUGAGGUGAAAUGUGAGGUGCGUUUUCUGUGCCUGUGUGUACUGGCACCAUUCGCCAGUAGGUGUAAACCAGUGGCAACGGAUUAAAGGAGAUCUCCUCUGCCAGGAAGACAACAACCCCCACCACGUGACAGGAACACCAGGACUGAGCAGAGUUUGCCCCGUGCCCCCUCCUCAUUGUUGUCAUUGUCCUGCCCGGGGGUGAGAGCUGUCUGUAAGUAAUGCGGCAGGGGGAGGGCCGGGGCUCGGACGCGCAUGCGCCUUGGGAUCGCUACUUGGACUCGCUUCUUGUGAACGUCUCUAGGGGCAGAGGACACUUCAUUCUGCCGGCUCCAGGCUCCGCACAGACAGGGACGGAGAGCAGAGACCCCCGAGAGCAGAGACCCCCGAGCAGUCCAGCACUGACACAGGGGGCACCCUGGCAGAAGAGCUGGGAAAACACAGAGGCCAUCCAGUGCAAGUCUUCCCAGAUGACAAUGGAGCUGUGUCGGACGGGAAACAGACAGAGCUUCUUUAAGCUUAUUGACACCAUUGCCACAGAGAUCGGGGAAUUGAAACAGGAGAUGGUACAGACAGAAUUCAGCGUCCGUGAUGAAGAGGAGCUGAUCGAGUGCUUGAGCAUUGAAAGAGAGAUGGAGAAGAACAUACUGGUCGAAAAGAAAGCUUUUCUUCGGGACUCGGGGUAUGAAAGUGUUGCCUAUAAGCCGAGCAUCCUGGAUAGACUCCUCCAUUCCCAUCCUGUGUGGCUACAACUUGGUCUGAGUGAUGACAAGGUCCAAGACAUCCUCCAAGAUCAGCCUCCUGCGACCUUUUUGGUGCGGAGGUCCUCAACACUCCAGAAGAAAGUCAUUUCACUUCGGGUUCCAAAUGAGUUUGGAUCUUGUUUUCAAGAAUUUGUGAUUAGAGAAAGUUCAUAUACUUUUUCCUUGGAAGGAUCUGGAAUCAGCUUUGCGGAUGUUUUUAGGCUUGUUGCUUUUUACUGCAUUAGCAGAGAUGUCCUUCCCUUCACCUUGAAGUUGCCUCACGCCAUAGCCACAGCCAAGUCAGAUGCUGAACUUGAAGAUAUUUCUCAGUUGGGGAUUGACUUUUGGACGUCCUCUGUAAACAUCCGACCAAAAUAUCCUCCACCUUCUCCCAAGCCUCUCCCCCAAGGCAGUGUCAAGAGGCAGUCACAUCAUCUACCUCUUAUAAAUGGAGUGCAUUCUCUCCGCACCAGAACACCCUCAGAACUGGAAUGUAGCCAGACCAACGGAGCUCUGUGUUUUAUUAAUCCUCUCUUCUUAAAAGUGCACAGCCAGGACUCUGAGGGAAGCUUGAGGAGGGACAGCACAAGGACCCAAGAAGCAAAUGGCAUAGAGAGGGCGAAAUCACCACCUCCCAGGCCCCCUCCUCCUUCCAUUAGCAGUCCUCGCACAGUCCUUCAGCUGUCCAGAGCUGUACAGUCAGAGCCAAGCAUGCCAGAAACACUUAAUACUAGGCACAGGAACUUGGACUCUCCUAAAAUUGCUGCCCCUGUGCCCCCUCCUCGCUUGAAGAAACAGGCUACCCUCAACAGGUGGCAAAGCAACGGCAAGACCCCAUCGCUUAAUAGUUCCUGUGCGUCUUCCUUUGAGUCUCAGUCUGGAGAAUCUCCACCUCAAAAGCAAAUGCAGAACAUAAAUGGAAGUCAGAUCAGCAAUUCACCUGUGGUGGGAACACUCCGCAUGCAGCGUCUGAGCGAUAUGAGCAUCUCCACGUCCUCGUCGGACUCCUUCGAGUACGACCGCGUGGUGCCCCCUUUCUAUGAAGGCGACAGCUUGGAGGAUUGCGAAGAAGAGAGCGAUCAGGAAAGUAUGGCGCCGCCCGUCAAGUCCAGGAAAAAGAGGGCUACGUCUUUGGGACUCUCCAAAAUCGUGAAAAGCCACCUGCGCAAAGUGAGCGGGGUGUUCAGCUCCUUGGUGACCCCGGAGAAGAAGAUGGUUAAGAAGAUAGCAGCCAUGUCUCGGGACAAGUGCACUUAUUUUGGGUGUCUUGUACAGGAUUACAUCAGUUUUCUCCAGGAGAAUAAGGACUGCCACGUCUCCAGCACAGAUAUGUUGCACACCAUCCGACAAUUUAUGACACAGGUUAAGAAUUAUCUGGCACAGAGCUCGGAACUGGACCCCCCGAUUGAAUCCCUGAUUCCAGAAGAUCAAAUUGAUGCAGUCCUGGAGAAAGCCAUGCACAAAUGUAUCUUAAAACCCCUUAAAGGUUACAUAGACAACAUGCUGAAGAACUUCCGUAUGGCAGAUGGAUCCUGGAACCAGCUGAAGGAAAACCUUUUGCUAGUUAAAAAGAGGACUCCUCAGGAACUUGGGGUAUUGACCCCAACACCAGAGGCAGUAGAUGUGGAAAAGAUCAAAGUCAAGUUCUAUACCAUGCAGAAAAUGUAUUCUCCAGAGAAGAAAGUGAUGCUGUUACUGAGGAUCUGCAAGCUCAUUUAUACGUGUAUGGAGAAUAACUCAGGGAGGAUGUAUGGCGCCGAUGACUUUUUGCCAGUACUUACCUAUGUCAUCGCUCAUUGCGACAUGCUGGAAAUUGACACUGAAAUUGAAUAUAUGAUGGAAUUGCUAGACCCAUCACUGCUACACGGAGAAGGAGGCUACUACUUGACAAGUGCAUAUGGAGCUCUGUCCUUGAUAAAGAAUUUUCAAGAGGAACAAGCAGCACGAUUACUAAAUUCAGAGACCAGAGAUACGUUAAAACAGUGGCACAAGAGGAGGACUGCAAAUAGGACCAUCCCAUCCAUCGAUGACUUUCAGAACUACUUGAGGGUGGCGCUGCAGGAGGUGGAAAGUGGGUGUACAGGCAAGACGCUUAUAAUUAAACCCUACAAUACUACAGAUGAUGUUUGCCAGAUGUGUGCACAGAGGUUUAACAUAAAAGAUCCAGAGAACUACGGCCUUUUCCUUUAUAUAGACGACACCUGGCAGCAGCUGAGUGAAGACACCUACCCACAGAAAAUCAAAGCCGAGCUUCACAGUCGACCAAACCUCCAAAUCUUUCAUUUUGUAUAUAAGCGCAUCAAUAAUGACCAUCAGGGGAUCAUCAGAUAUGACAAUGAUGAGGACAACGAUGAUGAUGACACAGAUUUUUAGAAGCUGUGUUUUUGUCCCACUGUGACUAGUUUUGCACUCAAAGUAUUGUUUGUCGAGAAGGCCUUAAGAGAUGGAGUCUUGCUUUGUUGGGUAAAGUCUGCCACUGAAUAGUUAUUCGGUGGAUACCUGUAGCCUAUAUGGGUUCAAGUGAGAACUCUGUGGAUCAGGUUAUAUGGAAUGAGCAAAUCAAUGGGACUCUUUGGAGCAAUGGACUGGUGUAGCAAAAGGCAACACAGAAGAUUGUAGGAAGAGGAUUUUGCCAUUGUCCAUGGGCAGUACUAGAUGCCAGAAGCAUUGUGCCUGUGUAUAAUUUUUAUUAUUUUUAAACGGGUUUUUUUUUUUUAUAUUCAUGAAAAAGAAUGAAUAGAGAAAGGACGGUCUUGUUCAUAGAAUUAGUUAGCACUGCAAUUUGGGUUUGUCCAUUAAAUACACAUCUCCUCUUAUGUCCCGAGGAUAAUUGACAUGUCUUCAGCUGUACUGUUAUUUUGUAAUAUGCUUUACCAGUGGAGUCUUUUGUAUGCUGUAUCUAGAUAUAUAUAUAUAAUGUAUUUUUGUUUAAGACCACGACUCCUUUUUAUAAGCAGCUGUUAUAAUGUGUGAGUUAUUUUAACUUCUAUUUUCCAACGAAGACAUUAAUAAGAAUGGAUACAUUUGACAUCACUGGUGAUGUUACUAGGCAAUACAAACUAUAUGGUUUAUAAAGAUUUCCAUCCAAAAUAUGCUUUUCUGAAUUACCAGAAUCCAUUUUGUUUCAUGGCACAUUUUCUAAAAAUGAUUGCAAGCACUUCCCUGGCAUCCAAGGAGGAUAUCAUUUAUCACUAUUACAGGGUAGUACUUACUGUUAGUAGGCCAACGAUUAGAUGAUGAAUAUAGGGAAAUGUGAUUAGUAUAUGUAGGUUACAGAUCCCCUAAUAAUACUGAAAUAGUGUGCCACAUUGUGACCUCCUUGGUUGCCCCUACAAUGACUGACAAAGCCUGUGUCACAAAUGCCCUCCUCCUUCUUAGCCAUUCUACAGAGUGGUCACAGGUCAUGUUCCAGGACCUGAACUGAUUGUGCCAUGGUCCCUUUGCACCUGCUAAUUUAGCUUUAUAUAUGGUAUAUAUAAUACAAAGGGAACUUGUCCUGGAGACAUCUUCUCUAUAACACCAGUGGGGUGUACAUUUACUCACCAUGCAGAUAUGGAAGCACUAUUUUGUACAUUUUAAGAAUUUUCAUUUUCCAUUAGCAUUAGUGGAAAGUUGCCAGUAAAGGACAAGAUGGCCUUACAUCUGCUGAAAAGAAUAGGCUUCUGGAAUUCAUUUCCAUAUUACCGGUUAUAUAGAUAAAUGAUGCAUUUUUAGCCAUUGCUUAUAAUCACUGGAUUUAACAUGGUGUCAGUAUUGCAUUCAUUGUAUCCUUGAUUGAUACGCUGCGUUAUGCCCAGUUCAGGCCCUAAAGCGGUGGUUUGAUCCAGUGCUCUAUCCAGUGCUCUAAAAAGUAUCCAAAAAGUAUCCAUCUUUGUAUCCAUAAAUCCUUUAAUUAAACAAUACAUCGCUCCAGUACCUGGUAAGUAGAAGCUCGAAUGUAAACGCACUCUGAGGUUGGGAUUUACCAGGCACUGGUGUGUUGCAUUCUUUUAAAAUCAUUAAAACAAAGACAUAAACUUUGCGCUGGAUCAAACUACCUUUUCUUCCACUAUUUGAAUGCACUUAGCCGGUGUGAAUCCUGUGUCCCCAUUCAUGCAUAGAGGUGAGCUGGAAUUUUGUUCCAUAUAGCCUGUCUGAAGGGGUGGUAAUCCUUGUGCCAUGCCCCAUCCGGCCCUGCACAGGCAUAACGCAAUGUAAAAGUUUUAACCAUAGUGUUCUUUCAAGACACUUCCAUCAGAAACCUGUAAUAUCGUGCAACAAUCCAAGAUGACGACUAUUAUCUCUUUAAAGGGGUACUCUGCUGCUCAGCGUUUGGAACAAAUGGUUUUGAACGCUGGAGCCGGAAGCUCGUGACGCCAUAGCCCCACUCCCUCAU